UGGUAGGUAAAGGCAGUAGCAGACAGCAGACAUUGGAGAGUGUAUGUACAAGAAUUUUUUGGAGUAAAGUGGAAUAUAAUAUUGCAUAAGAAAAUAUUUAAAACGCUUACCUUCAAUAGAUUUUAAUAACUGAACAGAUAUUAGGUAGUGUAGAAAAGAAUUAAUUCAAAAUAGUAUUAAAUAAAACUGAACGUAUGUUAUUUUAUUAAAUUAAUAAAAUUCAUAAGGCUCACAUGUGAUAAACACAAAUUUAAAGGGACAAAGGACGAAGAACCGUGACAGAACAGAUGCAUUGAGAAUUUCUUAAUCCUGUUGAGGUACUUUGUUGAACAGCGCGAGCAUUGACAAAAUGAAUUGGAUCAAAAUCUCGUUUAUCUUGUGCAUGUUUGGAUGCUUUAAGGACUUCCGACCCUCUGAAUCAUUUGUGACCGAUUACUUGACCGGGCCAUGGAAAAAUUUUACGACUGACGAAGUGAAUCAACAGAUAUAUCCUGUGGCUACCUACAGCUACUUAGCAACGUUAAUACUUGUCUUCUUGAUCACAGACUUCGUCAGAUAUAAACCUAUCAUUGUAUUAUGUGGUCUCUCCGGCAUCGUCACGUUCAUCAUGAUAAUACUCGGAAAGUCUGUGAUAGUAUUCCAGAUUGUGGAAUUUUUUUACGGCCUGUUUUUCUCCACAGAAGUGGCCUACUAUACUUACAUAUAUGCCAAAGUGGACAAAAAGCACUAUCAAGAGGUGACUGGUCACACGAAAGCAGCUACGCUGUUCGGUCGUAGCAUGUCUGGCGUCGUAGCGCAAUUAACCGCCUCCUUCGACUUGCUGAGUUAUCAUCAACUCAAUUUUAUAACUCUUUCAGCCUGCGUUGUUGCGACAGUAUGGUCGUUCUUUCUGCCUUCUGUGAAACAGUCCAUGUACUUCCAUCGCACCAGUAUUUCAAGCGUGGAGCAAGGGAAAGGAGGGUCCGAGUCGCAUCAGUCGCAACAUUCAAAGACUUCGCCAGAAUCAUCGCUCAAUGUUGGGAACAGGAAAGCAAAGUGUUACUGCUUUACAGUGUCAAGUGCGCCGUUGUUUCGCAAAAUCAGAAACGCAUAUGCGCUGCUGUGGAAACACUUUGUGCAAGCCUAUACUAACUACCGCGUGGUCAAGUGGUCGAUUUGGUGGGCGCUAGCCACCUGCGGCUAUUUACAAGUUAUCAACUACAUGCAGUUGUUGUGGCAGACCGCGGUGAAGUCGGACGACAAAAUUUACAACGGCGCCGUGGACUUUGUCUAUGCAAUCGUGGGUGCAGUGGUCGUGUUUUGUAUAGGAAAGGUACAGCUAAAUUGGACCCUACUAGGAGACGUGACGUUGUCCGUUUUCUCGCUGCUAGAAGGCGGUAUACUAGUGGGAUGUUCUUAUAGCUACAACAUUUGGCUUCUGUAUCUCGGUUACGUUAUUUUUGGCGUGAUAUAUCACACCAUGGUCACUGUUGCAAGCUUCGAAGUUGCCAAAUGUAUUUCCGAGGAUAGCUACGCCCUUGUGUUCGGCGUGAACACAUUCUUUGCCCUGUUAACGCAGAGUUUGCUGACGUUCGUGGUCGUCAACACACUCAUGCUAAAUAUCAGGCAGCAGUUUUUCGUCUACGGCAGCUACUUUCUGGUUCUGGCCGUGUUAUACAUUGUAAUGGGCAUUAUUAAUGUAGUGCAACAUUAUCGAAGUGGCGCAGGCCUCCACGUACGGAUCAGCAGUAAUGAUAAAUCAUCAUCCGUGAAUGAUGUCAGUAACGUUGAGUCGUCCAAGUCCAAGCGCGACAGUUGAAAUAGAUCCAUUUUAGCUGUUAUUUCACUUUUAGCUCGAAUUAUGUAUACAGUUUUUGAAUCGGUCCACGCCGCGAUUAUCGUUGUUAUAAUAUAAUUUUGUUAUCGAUAUGUUACAUGUUACUUUUGCAGUGUGUCAUUGUUCCUAAGAAUUUUUGUAUGCAGGGAUUGAUUGUGGUGCACACAAUAUAUGCAUUCACAGUAUUUUAUUGUUAGAUUCUUACUUGUUAGUAUUUUCAUAGAACAGUAAAACCGAAAUACUUUGUACCGUUGAGUGUCAAGAAUACUACAGUCUUCUUCAAUUUUUUUGUUGUUAAGAUACAAGUUGUUUUUAAAUUCUUCUUUUCAAAAGAAACAUUUUGGAAGAAGUUUUGUUUUAGAAGGAAGAAGUGCAAUGAAACCAAUUAUUACUCUAGUACAUCAAGACUGCCUAGUUUCAGUUUUAUUUGAGAAGAACGAGAUUUAAUGCAUCAAUCUAGUAUUAUUGUUUCGUGAUGAAGACAUGAAUAAUAAAAAUUACUUACAUUAACACUUUACUGCCCGAAUGCCUAUUAACCGGCUUUUUGUUACCAACGGUUAUUAUAUAUUUAUUAUAUAACGAAUGGAAUGUUUUAUUUGUAAAUUUUACAAGUUUUUAUUGCAAAAGGGACACUGUUAUGAGCUCAACUACACUUUAAAGAAAUACAAUAUGUUACUCGAAAAAUAGUUCUAAUAAAAUUGUGAUUAUAGUUCGAUUUAAAUCUGCUACACCAAAACUAAUCAGGAUAUUGUAGUGAAUACUUUUUCCAAUUUUUAUUCAAAGUUGUACAGCUUUACGAAUAAUUUACUUUGCUAAGUGACAUACAAAUUCUAAGUUCUAGCAGGACUAGCAAUAUACGUGUUGCGAACAAAAAGAUCAAGACUUGUACGGUGGUUCGACCUUCUUGGAAUCUUGUAAACCACUCAAAGUUUCACACAAACUUGUAUGGUGUUUUCUCUCUUCCAACAUUUUUCGCGUGGAAGGAAAUACGACGUAGGCCCGGUGCAUGUCCUAGGGAUGCUCAAAAGGUACUGACCAACGAUUAAAAGCUGGCCUUUCUGCUAUAAAGAGCAGAAAUUUUAGACAAGAUUUAAGCGCGGAGGCGAAUCAAAAUUAGCUAAGUUAUACAACCAGUCUCGAUUCUUUUUGAUCACAUCACGUAUUACUAUAUACGUAUUUGCACGAGCUGAUAAGCAGUAUCGACUUGAUUCACAAGUGGUCAGUAAGGUGUUAAUAAGAUCUGAUUGCAUUUAGAUACAUUUCUUACAGCAAUAAACAAUACUAAUGUACUUACGAAACAUCUCUAUUUUAAAAAAUUACCGUUUCUAUUGUUAGAAUGUUACUUUGUUAAAUAAAAACCUCCCAAAUGCGAA